AUGGUACAGAAUGUGCAGGCAGAUGAGGUGCGUGUGCAGCUACAAAAGCAGGGCUUUUCCAAUGAGCUGAUAGAAGAGGCGUUGGAGAACACGGCAAGUGUAGACCUCGAAAUACUCCUUGAUUAUAUCGAGGAAAAGAUGUGCAAAAUGGAUAAUCGUGAUGAAAGGAAUGUGUUAGAGACAAAGGAGGACAGGGAACGUAAGAAGAAGUUAGAGGAGCUAAAAAGGCAGAAGGAGUUGAGGCAGCAGGAACGAUUGCAUUUGAAGAAGCUGCGCGAUCAAAUCAAGGCAGAUAGAAUCGAAUUGGAACAGGAGAAGAAAAAAGAGAGGGAGCAGGACGGUGUUGAAAAGACUGUAGAGAUGAAGCCGGUUGUUGGUCCUGAUGAGUGCUCCAUCACCGUUUUCAAUUUAGAGAAUGGCGAAUCCUUUGACGUAAUCAUGAAAAAAGAUGAGUCGGUGUCGAAUCUAUUGCGGGAGAUUGAAGGCAAAGUAGGAUUGGCAGAUCCUGAAAUAUUUCUGGGUGAUGAUCUUGUGGAGGAUGACAGGAAGAGCUUGGAUGAGCACGGAUUAUAUCCCUUCGCUACGCUUAUUAUAAAGAACGCGGAGUAAUGAUAAUUAAAAUAGUUUGUUGC